CCAGAACGCAGCGGACGAAUCAGGUGACUGGAGCGGCCGGUGGCUCGGAGGGGCAGGAGCUGGUGGCCGGUGUGGCUUCCAGAGUUCAACAUAGAGAGGUCGAGAAAACGGAGCGGAUCUGCUUAGAGCCAUGUUGCUGAGAACAGUGCUCUUGCUGGCCCUGGUGGGCCAGGGGCUCCUGUUGGAGAAUGGACUCCUGCGGACGCCGCCCAUGGGCUGGCUGGCCUGGGAGCGCUUCCGCUGCAACAUUGACUGUGACGAGGACCCAGAGAACUGCAUCAGUGAGCGGCUCUUCAUGGAAAUGGCUGACCGGCUGGCACAGGAUGGGUGGCGGGACCUGGGCUACGUAUACCUCAACAUCGAUGACUGCUGGAUUGGCGGACGUGAUGCCGAAGGCCGCCUCGUGCCCGACUCCAAGCGCUUCCCCCACGGCAUUGGCUUCCUGGCUGACUACGCUCACUCCCUGGGCCUCAAGCUGGGCAUCUACGAGGACAUGGGCAACUUGACGUGCAUGGGCUACCCGGGCACCACUCUAGACAAGGUGGAUCUGGACGCCCAGACCUUCGCCAGCUGGAAGGUGGACAUGCUGAAGCUCGACGGCUGCUUCUCGACCUCCGAGGAACGAGCCCUGGGGUACCCCAAGAUGGCCGCUGCGCUGAACGCCACUGGCCGCCCCAUCGCCUUCUCCUGCAGCUGGCCAGCCUAUGAAGGGGGCCUCCCCCCCAAGGUGAACUACAGUCUUCUGGCCGACAUCUGCAACCUCUGGCGCAACUACGACGACAUGCAAGACUCGUGGAGGGACGUGCUCUCCAUCCUGGACUGGUUCGUGAAGCACCAGGACAUACUGCAGCCAGUGGCUGGCCCCGGACGCUGGAACGACCCAGACAUGCUGCUCGUUGGGAACUUUGGCCUCAGCUUCGAGCAAGCCCGGUCCCAGAUGGCCCUGUGGACGAUCCUGGCAGCCCCCCUCUUCAUGUCCACGGACCUUCGUACCAUCUCCCCCCAGAACAUGGACAUCCUGCAGAAUCCGCUCAUGAUCAAAAUCAACCAGGAUCCCCUGGGCAUCCAGGGACGCAGGAUUCUCAAGGAGAAAUCCCACAUUGAAGUGUUCAAGCGGCCGCUGUCCGGCGAGGCCAGCGCCCUGGUCUUCUUCAGCCGCAGGACGGACAUGCCCUACCACUACCACUCCUCCCUCUCGCAGCUGAACUACACUGGCUCCAAGAUGUAUGAGGCCCAGAACGUCUUCUCCGGUGACGUCAUCAGCGGCCUGCGGAAUGAAACCAACUUCACCGUGAUCAUCAACCCUUCGGGGGUGGUGAUGUGGUACCUGUAUCCCAUCAAGAACUUGGAGAUGCCCCAGUAGUGAGGAGCUGGGGCGUGCGACAGACCGUGGCCGCCCCGCGGAGCCUAGACCCUGGAGCCACGCACGGCGUGCUGAGGGCAAGUGCUCGGCGACCCGACCCCAUCAUACCCAAAGUGCAAUCUCAGGGCCAGUGUCCAGGCCCUGCCCAAGUGUGAGCCCUCUUGGGAACUCCUCCCGGGGUGAUUUCCUGUGGCCUCCCCGGCCUCUACCUCAGCUCCACAGCCCCACGGGCGUUGCUGAACGAGUCGGCCAGCUCCUGAGCCCCGCGCGCGGGCACUGCUGCCCAUCCGGACUCCAGCCUCUGACCUUGCUGUUGACUCUGGAAUCAGGAUUUGGAACUUUUCCGAUCAGGAGCAGAGCUCUGAACUCUCGCCAAGGACACUCACCAGUCACGUGAUCAGCUUUCCUGCCUGGAAAAGGCCUUGCAGGCUGACACGGCCGGAGAGGGAGGGUCAGAAAGGAGACCCUGGCUCCCUCGGGUCACCAAUAAAGUUGCUGUUUAGUCGCA